AAUUCAAUGUAAGUUGCAGAUAUGCAGGAGUUUUUCAUGUUGAAAAAGAUGGUCGCUACAGCCUGACACGAAGUGAAGCAGUUGAACUCUGCAAAGCUCUGAAUAGUACCUUGCCAACGCUAGAGCAGAUGAGAAGAGCUCAUAAACUUGGAUUUGAAACUUGCAGGUACGGUUUUAUAUUGGGGCAUAUUGUUAUCCCACGAAUCAAUCCCCAUCUUCUUUGUGCAGCAAAUCAUACUGGCAUUUACAAACUUUCAGCAAACACAACUGAUCGUUAUGAUGCAUAUUGUUACAAUGCAACAGAAACAAGAGAUAAGGCAUGUGAGCCAAUAGAUAAGCUAAACACCUCUAUGCUCAGUGAUCACAGCAAAAUAGUCAUUGAUAAUGAAGAUGGCUCACGUUAUAAUGUAGAUGGCACACGUCAUAGUGGAGAUUCCUCAACCUCUGGUGUAGAUGAUGAAAAUGUAGGUAGUGGCUCGACACAUGACACAACUGCAGUGGAUACCAGCAUCAGAAGAUCCUCCAGUACCUCAUAUUUUGAACAUACGACUCCAAUCUCACAGUUACCAGAUCAUUCUUCUGGAGGAGGCGAGAAGGAAUUUCCUUCAAUAAGUACUGAUUAUGAAUUUUCUGCAGUACCAACUGACGUCUCUUUGGUGCCACUAGCUGAUGAUUUUCCUGAAAAAGGAGAUGGACAGCAGCCUGCAAGUACUACUGUGGGCUCUCAGCAUGAAACACUGCAGGAAAUCUCCACGCAAGAUCAUUGGAACCCAUCCUAUACAGACGAAGAGGAGUGGUAUUCUAGCACUGCUGUCAGGGCACUAGUCACAAACGAAAAUGAAAAACACGAAGGACCAACCCAACAUCCACUAUUACACAGUGUUCAUCCUGGAUGGAUCAGUCAAGAACAAAGUACUGCAAGUACCAUCGGGAGUACUGAAGAACAUGAAUUAACUCUUCCAGGUGAAAAUGAUAUUGAAACAGAAUCUUCUCAUACAGCUAUGGCCUCCGAUUACGGGGCCAAACAGAAUGACUCAACGCAAGACCCAUUGGUGUAUCCAGGUUGGGAAGAGGGAGAUGUUUAUUCCGUACAACCAACUGUUAUGGAUAGAAUUAUUUCUUCCAGAGGGAAUGAUCAUGAAAAACAGUCUUCCAGUACAGCGGCUACCUCUCCCGAUGGUGCCCAUCAAGAAGACCCAACUCAGCCACCUCUGCCUUCAGAUAAUGAACACGGACAGGGCACUGCAGGUGUCACUCAUGCCACAAACACCCCUGGGGAUGAGGUGCUACUUGGGCUGAAUCCUGCUAGUAGGAAUGAACCUGAUGGCGAAUCUCCACUGACGGGUACCACCACGGAGUCCACAGACGUUGUCAGCCAAGAAGAAGGAACCCAAGAGCCACUGUUACCUGGCACUCAACCUGGAAGGGAAGGUGAACAAGCCACUACUACGGAUGAUUCCCAUCUCAAUUUCAUACCCGGAGUUUUUCCAGACAGUCAGGAUCAUCCUAACCGAUUACACACCCCUCCUCCUACGACGGCUACCUCUCCCGAUGGUGCCCAUCAAGAAGACCCAACUCAGCCACCUCUGCCUUCAGAUAAUGAACACGGACAGGGCACUGCAGGUGUCACUCAUGCCACAAACACCCCUGGGGAUGAGGUGCUACUUGGGCUGAAUCCUGCUAGUAGGAAUGAACCUGAUGGCGAAUCUCCACUGACGGGUACCAUCACAGCAUCCACUGAUAUUCCCAAAGGGGAAGAAAUGACUCAAGAACCAUGGGUACCUAGCAUCUCCAUAACAGCAGCUACCUCUCCUGAUGGUGCCCAUCAAGAAGACCCAACUCAGCCACCUCUGCCUUCAGAUAACGAACAUGGACAGGGCACUGCAGGUGUCACUCAUGCCACAAACACCCCUGGGGAUGAGGUGCUACUUGGGCUGAAUCCUGCUAGUAGGAAUGAACCUGAUGGCGAAUCUCCACUGACGGGUACCACCACGGAGUCCACAGACGUUGUCAGCCAAGAAGAAGGAACCCAAGAGCCACUGUUACCUGGCACUCAACCUGGAAGGGAAGGUGAACAAGCCACUACUACGGAUGAUUCCCAUCUCAAUUUCAUACCCGGAGUUUUUCCAGACAGUCAGGAUCAUCUUAACCGAUUACACACCCCUCCUCCUACCAGAUCUACAUCCAGUAUAUAUGGUAAUAAAGGACCACAUAUGGGAGAUCAUGAAUCCACUACUUUCCCUGGACAGACCACAACAACAACAGGUUCACAACUAAGAUCAGGUGGGAUACCAGACUGGUUGAUUGUAGUUGCUGCUCUUGUGGCACUGGCUGUGAUUCUUGCAGUCUGCAUCGCUGUUAACAGUCGGAGAAGAUGCGGGCAGAAGAAAAAGCUAGUGAUUAACAAUGGCAAAGGGGCAGUGGAAGACAGGAAGACGGGUGGAUUGAACGGAGAAGCCAGCAAAUCGCAAGAAAUGGUGCACUUGGUUCAUAAAGAACAGUCAAAUGACCGAACAGGAGCAUGUGAUGAAUUCCUGACCCUUGAUGAAACGCAAAAUCAUCAGGAGCUUGACAUGAAGAGUGGAGUGUAAUGGCACCAAGACACCAAGUAGAUCAGAGCUGGGGAAAUCAAAAUCGCAAAGAACUUGGACAGGAGUUCACAGAUGCACUGUGCUACUGAUCGCUUUUGGACAUAAUUAAACAUAAGUUUUCUUCAUUUUUUAAUUAUUUUAAAAUCAUGUCCAAGUUGCAAAAUUGACAUUUUCUUUCUGAAAUAAGCCCCCAAGAGUUGCAUACAUUUAUCAUUUCCCAAUUCCUACAUGGAGUGCACUUACUGUGUCUUUGCUGUUAGGAGAGACACAAAUUUGUAUCGUUUUUCCCAGAUGUGGUAUCUUCGCUGUGCGGAGCUACAGGAGUAUCCAGUCACUCCAUCUUACAGGCAUUGAAGGUACUAAACUUGCCAUGGUACAAGAAUAAGUGAGGAGCACAUGUCAAGAGUGAAAAUGAAGCUAAAACCAUAAAAGCCUCCUUACAAUCUCUAAAACUUCAGAACCUUU